AUGCUUAAAUCCAAGACGUUCUAAAAGACCCGGGCGGGCGGCGUUAUGAAGAUUGUUCGCGAGCACUACCUGCGGGAUGACAUAGGCUGCGGAGCGCCGGGGUGCACGGCUUGCGGUGGGGCUCACGGGGGGCCGGCUUUGGAGCCACGGCCCCAGGACCCAGCGAGCAGCCUCUGGCCGCGGCCGCACUACUUGCUGCCUGACACCAACGUGUUACUGCAUCAGAUUGAUGUUCUCGAGGACCCUGCCAUCAGGAAUGUAAUUGUACUACAAACGGUUCUCCAAGAAGUGAGAAAUCGAAGUGCUCCUGUAUAUAAAAGAAUCCGGGAUGUGACCAAUAACCAGGAGAAGCAUUUUUAUACAUUCACUAAUGAGCAUCAUAAAGAAACCUAUGUAGAACAAGAACAGGGAGAAAAUGCUAAUGAUAGAAAUGACAGAGCCAUUCGAGUAGCAGCAAAAUGGUACAAUGAACAUUUGAAGAAAAUGUCAGCAGAAAAUCAACUACAAGUUAUCUUUAUAACCAAUGACAGGAAAAACAAAGAGAAAGCUGUUGAAGAAGGAAUACCAGCUUUCACAUGUGAAGAAUAUGUAAAGAGCCUCACUGCUAAUCCUGAACUCAUAGAUCGUCUUGCUUGUUUGUCUGAAGAAGGGAAAGAAAUAGAAAGUGGGAAAAUUAUAUUUUCAGAGCAUCUUCCCCUAAGUAAGCUUCAACAAGGCAUAAAAUCUGGUAUAUACCUUCAAGGAACAUUUAGAGCUAGCCGAGAAAAUUACUUAGAAGCUACUGUAUGGAUUCAUGGAGACACUGAAGAAAAUAAAGAGAUAAUCUUACAAGGACUUAAACAUUUAAAUCGAGCUGUUCAUGAAGAUAUUGUAGCUGUUGAGCUUUUUCCUAAGAGUCAGUGGGUGGCACCAUCUUCUGUUGUUUUACAAGAUGAAGGGCAAAAUGAAGAUGAUGUGGAGAAAGAUGAGGAGAGAGAAUGCAUGCUUAAGACUGCUGUAAAUGAAAAAAUGUUAAAGCCUACAGGUAGAGUUGUAGGAAUAAUAAAAAGGAAUUGGAGACCAUAUUGUGGCAUGCUUUCCAAGUCUGAUAUCAAGGAGUCUAGAAGACAUCUCUUCACACCUGCUGAUAGGAGAAUCCCUCGAAUUCGGAUAGAAACAAGACAGGCUUCUACAUUAGAAGGACGGAGAAUUAUUGUUGCUAUUGAUGGCUGGCCCAGAAAUUCCAGAUAUCCAAAUGGACACUUUGUAAAAAACUUAGGUGAUGUUGGAGAGAAGGAGACAGAAACAGAAGUUUUGUUACUUGAGCAUGAUGUUCCUCAUCAGCCCUUUUCACAGGCUGUUCUUAGCUUUCUGCCAAAGAUGCCCUGGAGCAUUACUGAAAAAGAUAUGAAAAACCGGGAAGACCUGAGGCAUCUGUGUGUGUGUAGUGUGGACCCACCAGGAUGUACUGAUAUAGAUGAUGCUCUACAUUGUAGAGAACUCAAAAAUGGAAACUUGGAGGUUGGUGUUCAUAUUGCUGAUGUUAGCCAUUUUAUUAGGCCAGGAAAUGCCUUAGAUCAAGAAUCAGCCAGAAGAGGAACAACUGUGUAUCUUUGUGAAAAGAGGAUUGACAUGGUUCCAGAGUUGCUUAGCUCUAACUUAUGUUCCUUAAGGUGUAAUGUUGACAGGCUGGCAUUUUCAUGUAUUUGGGAAAUGAAUCACAAUGCUGAAAUCUUAAAAACGAGAUUUACCAAAAGUGUAAUUAAUUCAAAGGCUUCUCUUACAUAUGCUGAAGCUCAGAUGAGAAUUGAUUCAGCAACCAUGAAUGAUGAUAUUACCAUUAGUCUCCGUGGACUAAAUAAAUUAGCUAAAAUUCUGAAAAAAAGAAGAAUUGAAAAAGGGGCUUUGACUCUUUCGUCCCCAGAAGUUCGAUUCCACAUGGACAGUGAAACUCAUGAUCCUAUAGACCUGCAAACCAAGGAACUUAGAGAAACAAAUUCCAUGGUGGAAGAAUUUAUGUUACUUGCUAAUAUCUCUGUUGCAAAAAAAAUUCAUGAAGAAUUUUCUGAACAUGCUCUACUUCGAAAACAUCCUGCUCCACCUCCAUCAAGUUAUGAAAUUCUUGUUAAGGCAGCUAAAUCCAAGAAUUUGGAUAUUAAGACUGAUACAGCCAAGUCUUUGGCUGAAUCUUUGGACCGGGCCGAAUCUCCUGCUUUCCCAUAUCUAAACACUUUGUUGAGAAUAUUAGCCACUCGCUGUAUGAUGCAAGCUGUAUACUUCUGUUCUGGAAUGGAUAAUGAUUUUCAUCACUAUGGUUUAGCAUCCCCAAUAUACACACAUUUUACUUCUCCCAUCAGAAGGUAUGCAGAUAUCAUUGUUCAUCGGCUGCUGGCUGUGGCUAUUGGGGCUGAUUGUACUUAUCCAGAGUUGACAGAUAAACACAAACUUGCCGAUAUAUGUAAAAAUCUUAAUUUCCGGCACAAAAUGGCUCAGUAUGCUCAACGUGCGUCAGUGGCUUUCCAUACCCAGUUAUUUUUCAAAAGCAAAGGAAUAGUAAGUGAAGAAGCCUAUAUUCUAUUUGUAAGAAAGAAUGCUAUUGUGGUAUUAAUUCCAAAGUAUGGUUUAGAAGGUACAGUUUUUUUUGAAGAAAAGGACAAACCAAAGCCACAUCUUAUUUAUGAUGAUGAGAUACCAUCACUUCAAAUAGAAGGUAUAGUGUUCCAUGUGUUUGAUAAAGUUAAAGUGAAGAUCAUGUUAGACUCAUCUAAUCUUCAGCAUCAGAAAAUCCGAAUGGCCCUGGUAGAACCACAGAUACCUGGAAUAAGCAUUCCUACUGAGCCUUCAAAUGCAGACCUUAAUGAACCAGGGAGAAAGAAGAGGAAAUAUGAAAAAUAGCUACAUUCAGUCAACAAAAAAAGCCCAUCAAAGACGGGUUUCCU